AUGGCUGUUGUCGUGAGCAGUGAUCCCGCUGCGAUCGCUACUAGAACAUUGCGCUACAAUGCUUUUCUCGCUAGUCACAGCGUCUCGCGCCAGGAAGCGCGUUUCGCGGUGCGCGGCAAAAGACAUUUUUGCGGAUUAUCCGCAAAUGCAUCGGUCGCGGCAGCUCGAGCCGUGCACAGUCCGUGCAGCCAGCCGCACGCCCACCAGCCCAAUCUCUCCUCCACAUGUAGCCCGUCCCGUCCCGACCGAUGGCUGAUCGGCAGCGCGCAAUCCGCCGCCGAGUCGCCGUUCGUGGAGGUGAGGGACGCGCGGCCAUGGGACUGGCGGAUCGCCGAGAGCGGAAGCGGAGAAGCAGCGCCAGCAGGCGGCGAGGAGUCGUCGUCGUCCGACGAGUGCCGAUCCCGAGCGCUGCCCGGAGUGGACGGCGCGCUGCAGCUGCUCGCUGACGCUGACGCAGCGAUGACGUCAGACGCAUCAGGCAUAAACCCUGAGCCCUGUUCCGCUGUAGAUUCGGAGCGCACGGCGGAAGGGGAAUCGAGUUGGAGCGAGCGUCUUAGCUUGGUUGCAGAGGCCGUUGACGACGACGCGGGCGACAUUCCCGAGGUGGACAUCGCGGAUCGCCUGCCCGAGCUGCGCGAAAUGCUGGAGCUGCUGCGGGCCAAGGCGCAGCAGCAGGGGCGGGCGCAAGUGGAUGGCGGGGCGCGGGGCGAGGGCCCUGGGAACGUGUUUCUGGUGGGCACCGGGCCUGGCGACCCCGACCUGCUCACUCUGAAGGCGGUGCGCGCGCUGCAGUCCGCGGACCUCGUGCUCUACGACCGCCUCGUCUCGCCCGCCAUCCUGCGCCUGGCGGCGCCGUCCGCGCGGCUGCUGUACGUGGGGAAGGCGGCGGGGUACCACACGCGCACGCAGGCGGAGAUCCUGCACCUGCUGCUCGCCUUCGCGGAGGCGGGCGCCGUGGUGGUGCGCCUCAAGGGCGGCGACCCGCUGGUGUUCGGGCGGGGCGGCGAGGAGAUGGAGCACCUGCAGGCGCACGGCAUCCGCGUGCAGAUCGUGCCCGGCAUCACCGCCGCCUCUGGCAUCGCUGCUGACCUCGGCGUGCCUCUCACCCACCGCGGCGUCGCCAACAGUGUGCGGUUCCUGACGGGCCACAAGCGCAAGGGAGGCGGCGACCCCCUGUAUGCAGCCAGCACAGCGGCGGACCCCGACGCCACCCUCGUGGUCUACAUGGGCCUCGCCACGCUGCCCGCCCUUGCCGCCCGCCUGCUGGCCAAUGGGCUGCCCGCUGACACUCCUGCUGUGGCUGUGGAGCGAGGCACCACCGCUGCUCAGCGCACUGUUUUCGCCACUCUUGAUGAUUUGCCAGCAGCCGUGUCAGCGGCCCAACUCGUGUCACCCACGCUCAUCAUCAUCGGCCAGGUCGUGGCACUGUCACCCUCGUGGCCCUUUGCUUCCACCUCUACCUCCAGCUUAGGGCAAGCUAACGAGCGAGCGGCCAUGGAGGCGGCGAUGGAUCUGGCCGGCGCGACGGUGUCGACGGUCGUCAGGGCAGCAAAAGCGGUGAAAGCAAAAUUCGAAACCAAGGACGAGGUGGUGUGGGUGGGCUUCGACUGGCUGCACAUGAGCCGCUCGUCGCGACGCCACGUGCUGCUCGUCGCAUACUCCACAGGCUUCCACGUGUGGGACCUGCACGCCGCCUCCCCUCCCCGAGGAGACAGCGCCAAUGGCAGCAAGCGAGACGGCUGCGGCAACAGCAACAGCAGCGGUGGUCGCAGAGCUAGUGCUACGGUUCCGUCACCCUCUCAGCUGGUGUCGUGGCGUGGCGAGCUUGUGUCCAUGCUGUGCGCUGUGCCACACCCCAUCGUAUCGCACCCCACCGUGCCGCAUCCUGUCAUGCAGUCGCCGCCAACCACGCUAGGAUCCACGGUCAUUCCAUCCACAGGCGACCACGAGGGGGACGGCAGUGACACGCCCAGCCAUGAAUGCGACAGGUUUGCAGCGUGCCGGCCCCUCGUGUGCGUCGUCUUCCCUGCUACUAGCGACCAUUCCGCCCCGGGAUGUGCGUGCAGCGAGCACGCAGGCGGUGGGGAGGCAUCAGGGAGUGACGUGGAGGGGGUGGAUGACGAGCCAGGGAGUGGUGGGGUGAGGGGGGAGAAUGCGGGGCGGAUGCGAGGGGAGUGCGAGUGGGAGUAUUGCAGAGGGGUGGGGGGAGAAGUGAGUGGCAGUGGUGGUUCCGACUUGGAGGGAGUGCAGCAGGGAGGCAGUGAGGACGCACAGGGGGGCGAGCAAGGAUGCGAGGCAAAGCAGGAGCUUCAGUGGGGAGAAGCGUCAGUGGUGGAGCAGCAGUGCGUGGAAAGCGGGAAAGAACAGGCAGUAAGGCAGGCAAGGGAGCAGGAGGACGGUGCAGGGGGGUGUGGGAGGUGCAACGGAGUCAUGCACAGAAGCAGAGGGCUUGGAGAAGGGAGUGCUGCACGCUGUGACGGUAUGAGUCCGCGACUGGGGGUGUUGACUCGGGUGGCGCUGUACUCGCUGAGACAGCAUGCCAUGGUGGGCAGUGUAGAGGUGGAGGGGCCGGUGGUGGGAGUGAGGGCGAGUGGCAGGGCGAUAGUGGUGGUGCAGAGGGAGCAACUCUUCUGCUUCAGCCCCACUGCCCUCACCCCCACCUUCUCCCUCCUCACACACCCCAUCCCUCAAAUCCUCCUCCCACCAUUUCUUGCCGAUCACCCCUCACAUGGGCACUCCAAGACCCUCCCUACUCCAGCAUCCUCUCGCCCCUCUGCGUCCGCCUCGACUGCAGAUGCCAUCAGUUUCUCACCCACCUCCAUUCCGCUUGCCCUGGGGCCUCGCUGGCUGGCCUACGCUGCCCCACACACUCCCUCCUUGCCACCACGCUCUCCCACCUUACUCCACUCCACGCUCUCCCCCGUUCGCCCCGCACCAGUGCUCGCCCCCUCUCAUCUCCACGUCAUGGUGCAUGACCUUGUCUCCCGCCAGCCAAUCGCGUGCUUCCCUGCCCUCGAAGCAUCGCCCCUCGCAGUGUUGCAGUUUGACCCGCUGGGUGUGCUGCUGGCAGCGGCCUCCCUGCAUGGCACCACCGUGGGCGUAGCAGACAUGGAUGCUUUGGCUAUCCGCAGCUCGCUGGUCGCGGCUCCUCAACUAGCACAGAGCCGCGCCGUCCUUCCCGUGCGGAGGACAGUCAGACUGGUCGCUCCGUCGUCGCUUCCCCGCAUUGCUCGCCGUCAAGCGUUGCGCUGCUCCGCGUCGCUAUCAGCGGCCGAUCUCGAGCGGCUCGGACCCAAUGGAUACGGCAACGUCGUGGAAAUUACGAGCCGAGAGGAGUUCUACGAUCAAGUUGCCAAGGCUGGCGAUAAGCUGGUGGUGCUGGACAUCUCGACGCGGACGUGCGGGCCGUGCAAGUUCAUUUUCCCCAAGGUGGUGGAGCUCAGCCUCGACCACCCCAACGCCGUCUUCCUUAAGAUCAACGGCGACCACGACGACGGCACCAAGGCGUUGAUGCGCGAGUGGGGCGUGCGGGCGGUGCCCAACUUCCGUUUCUUCCGCGGGGGCGAGCUGGUGCACAGCCACACGGGCGCCAAGAUCGAGGACCUUAAAGACAACCUCACCAAGUUCCUCUGA